CUCCAACACCACCCCCUCGCCCCCCACCGCCAUGUCCAACCUUGCACCCGCCAUCGCGAGGCAGGCCCUCCGCAUUGCCGCGCGCCGCUACCCCUCGUCGGCCUUUGCACGCCUCUCGCCGCGCGCCGCAGCUGGCAGCCGGCGCAACUACGUCUCGGAGACGAGGCCCUCCAACGCCACGGUCAACAUCGACUCGACCAUCAAGGCAGACCGCGAGUCGUUCCUGAAGAAGACGGGAGAGCGCGCGCAGGAUGCGACCAUGCCCACCACAGGCAUGUCGGCCGACGCCAUGAUGAGCCCCACUGCCGGCAUCUUGAAGCAGGCCACCGUCAUGGACCAGGGCUCGCGGCCCAUCUACAUGGACAUGCAGGCCACCACCCCCAUGGACCCCCGCGUCGUCGACGCCAUGCUUCCCUACAUGACCGGCCUGUACGGCAACCCCCACUCGCGCACCCACGCCUACGGUUGGGAGACAGACAAGGCGGUAGAGGAUGCGCGAGCACACAUCGCCGACCUCAUCGGCGCGGACCCGAAAGAGAUCAUCUUCACCAGCGGCGCCACCGAAAGCAACAACAUGAGCGUCAAGGGCGUCGCGCGUUUCUUCAAGCGCUCAGGCAAGAAGAACCACAUCAUCACGUGUCAGACAGAGCACAAGUGUGUCCUGGACAGCUGCAGGCAUCUGCAAGACGAGGGUUUCCAGGUGACCUAUCUCCCGGUACAGGAAAACGGCCUCGUCGACAUGGCUCAGCUCGAGGCCGCAAUGAGGCCCGAGACUGCCCUCGUGAGCAUCAUGACUGUCAACAACGAGAUUGGCGUUGUGCAGCCCAUGGAAGAGAUCGGCAAGCUGUGUCGGUCAAGGAAGAUAUUCUUCCACACCGAUGGUGCCCAGGCUGUCGGCAAGAUCCCCCUCGACGUCAACAAGAUGAACAUUGACCUGAUGUCGAUAUCCGGCCACAAGAUCUACGGACCCAAGGGCAUAGGAGCCUGCUACGUGCGACGAAGGCCCAGGGUCAGGCUUGACCCUAUCAUCAGUGGUGGUGGCCAAGAGCGUGGUUUGAGGAGUGGUACUCUGGCACCACCUCUUGCCAUUGGUUUCGGUGAAGCUGCUCGUAUUUGCAAAGAGGAGAUGCAGUAUGACACGAAGCGCAUUACAGCGCUGUCAAACCGACUCCUCCAGGGCCUCCUCGCUAUGGAACACACUACCCUGAACGGUGAUCGAGAACGACACUACCCAGGAUGUGUAAAUGUCUCCUUUGCCUAUGUCGAGGGCGAGUCGCUUCUCAUGGCCCUGAAGGAUAUUGCUCUCUCGUCUGGCAGUGCGUGCACAUCAGCAUCUCUGGAGCCUAGCUACGUUCUCCGAGCAUUGGGUAGCAGCGAUGAGAGCGCGCACAGCAGCAUUCGAUUUGGUAUUGGCCGGUUCACCACGGACGAGGAAAUCGACUACGUCCUCAAGGCAGUGCAGGAGCGCGUCUCAUUUUUGAGGGAGCUGAGCCCGCUCUGGGAGUUGGUGCAAGAAGGUGUUGAUCUGAACACCAUUGAAUGGAGUCAGCAUUAAGUGUAAGGCUGAGUAACGACCAGGGAGGUUUCUGCAUAACAUGGCGUAUAACAUGGAGUAUUUAUCUUCAGCAGCACUUUUGGGGUACUUGCUCGCUGUGGCGUUUACGAUUGGCACGACGGAUACGUAGUGUACUAUACUGAUGCUGCUUCUGGCAACGAGCAAGCAAAUGCAAUGAAUGAACC